AUGAAAACUGGAGCGAAGCCUCCUGAAGUAUGUUCUACUCCAAAAGGUUUGGUCGAUAUGGAAAAUUUCCAUAGCUCCUUCAUUGUUGUGACCAAUACUUCAAUGAUAGUUCUUGUCACUUUCCCCUUGCUGUAUGCUGUAUUUGGUUGUUCCAUCGAUGUCCUAAUAUCAUGUGACCCAAAUCAAGUUCCAAUUCCAUCUCAGUACUGCAUUGAAGUUUGCUUUGAACAAGUCUCAUCACCACCUCCCCCUCCCUUUGACACCGUCAUCAAAGUUCUCCUCCCUAUUGAUUGGGCAAGUUGGACUGGACUGUCUGCUUUGAUAGUCCUUAUGAUAUGCCCUUUACAAAGCAACCAAAGGAAUUAUGUGAAGGCUCUCUAUGCGCUAGAAACUCUUAAAAUUGAGUUCAAUGCUGUGAGGAAAACAGGUGCGGAUGGGAAUUCAAAGGAUUAUGAAGAUGGGUUCUUUAAGAACCACUGUUUCUUACAAUGUUAUAUUAUUCUUGCAGCUGGAAUUGUACUUUUUCUUCUUGUGGAGAAGGUAGUGAGGUAUGUUGAAGAAAACUCGGGAGAAGCUAAUUCAUGGACUCAUGGACACCAUCACCAUAACCACAAUAGUAAGAAAAAAUUGAAAAAUUAUAACAGUUCUAGUAAUGCAAAGGAAGACAGAUUGCUAGAUGAGAGAAAAGAUGAUCAUUUGUCAGGUGACUCUUUGAAUGGAGAUAAUCAAUCUCAAUCUGAAACCUCACUCAGAAAGAGAAUUGGAAGCAAUGUGACCAAAAGUGAUAAUCUCAACCCUAGUACUGAUGGUAGCUCCACUGAUAAUAUAGAAUCUUCAAAGGAAAAAAGCCUUGUGUUUGGUUAUCUCAAUCUUUUCUCUGAUGGAGUGCAUAAUUUCACUGAUGGAAUGGCUUUAGGAAGUGCAUUCUUGCUUUAUGGAUCUGUUGGUGGCUGGUCUAGAACUCUGUUUUUGUUGGCACAUGAGCUUCCUCAAGAGAUUGGUGAUUUUGGCAUUCUAAUAAGAUCUGGUUUCAGCGUACCAAAAGCUUUGUUCUUCAACUUUCUUUCAGCACUUGUAGCACUUGCAGGGACUGCAUUGGCUCUGCUGUGGGGGAAAGAUCCUGGACAGUCAUCUCUCAUUGAGGGAUUCACAGCAGGUGGAUUUAUAUACAUCGCAAUUGCGGGAGUACUUGCAGAAAUGAAUAACAAUGGGAAUACAAAAUUAAGAAGUACAGUUGUCCAAAUAAUCUCGCUGACAAUGGGCAUGGCUGUUGCCCUUGGUAUUUCCCUUGUAGAAUGA